UGUUCAUGUCAUCAUUAUUUAGAGCUGGUUUUCUGUAACUCAAACAAGUAAUAUUUAUAGCCUAUCAUUAAUUGUUUUGUUUUAAUAGCCAGGUCAUAUGGAAGGAAUAGGAUCCAUUCGGCAUGUGCGAUCAGCCGGCCGCAUGGGCCAGCGGACCCAUUCAGCAACAACUGUCGGUUCAACAGACGACAACAUCUCUAUAAGUUCGGGUUACUCUUCGAAACGUUUUUAUGGAUCAAAGACCAGUGCUGACUAUUCGACCAUUCGGGCAGCCGCCGGAAUUUCCAGGAUGAAGAAUGCUCGUGGUCUUCGGAGAGGUUCCAUAUUUCCGAGUGAUAACAAUGGAUCUUCGGAAACGUCGUCUGCGAAGGGACAUCGAUUGAGUAUAUACUCUUUGAGUGAACUAGCCGAAGUAGGGAUCAAGAUGCGCAGGCGUCGACGUAGUACCAUGGACUCAUGGGGAAAGAACAGGAGCACGAGAGAAAGGGUUAUCAGUAAGAGUUUUGGAAUUAAGUUUCAGCUCAUUCAAUAUUCAUUAAAAAUAACAAGGAGCUUCCUUUCCUGAGGUAUUUUUUCCGUUAUGUCUGUUUUAAUUUUAAGGGAUAAUGAAGAAGAGACCCAGAUGACUCACACUGUUUUCACACAGUACAUCAAUGAACAAGAAAACCAAAUGGAAGCGGAACUUGCUUUUGAUGCUUCAUUUUUCAAAGCUAACAGAAAGAUGCGGGUUGCCGCUGAGGUGAAGUUAAUUUUAUCAAUUCAACCAGAACAGAGAACAGAACAGCAACUAGCAAAGGUUCUCUUCUCCCUGCGAUCAAUUCGAUCGUUUGCAGAAUAUCCUCAGAGAAUUCAGCAAAAGCUCGUCAAAGUUGGUUGGUUUGAAACGCACCAGACAAAGAGAGCAAUUCUAAGACAGGGUCACAUACCACAAGCCUUCUACUUUGUUCUCUCUGGUUCAGCUGUGGUUACGGUACUGGGAGAAAAUGAGAGCUUCGCAAGAACUGUUCAUUUCCUCAGACGUGGUGAUAGUUUUGGGGAGUUGGCUAUUCUACACGACACUCGGCGCCAGUCCACCGUAAUUUCGCGGGAACCUAUUGAACUGUUGGUGAUUUCUAAAGAGGAUUUUGUGGACAUCUUCAUGUUAGCGGGUGGAAUUAAGAACAUAAACGACCCUGAUCAUCAAAAGUUUAUCAAGAGCGUAGACUUCUUGAGGGGGUGGCCAGUAGAGCUUAUGGCUUCAAACCCAAAAAAAUGCCUUUUCCACUUUUUUAGGAGUGGCUCUGUUCUUGUUAGAGACAGCAAUCAUUCGGACUGGAUAUACAUUAUAAAAUCGGGAAGCUGUCAGGUAUUGAAAAAACUAAGAGAAGUCAAGUCCUGUCUUACUCAGCACAACGACAGGGUUGUUGGAUUUGAAAACGUGAAGAGCCAGGUUACUAAGGCCUCAUCACGUGACAAGUUAGAACGUGUCAAAGCAAAGCUGUCCGUAGUUACGCUUUUGUUACCCAAGAUGCGUCUCAGGUCUGGUAUCAUAACACACGAAAGUGACAACGAUGAUGACUCAGGAAACGAGGAAAAAACCGCUGAUGUAUUUGCAAUUGAUAAAGUAGCCGCGGCUCAGAAUUCAUUUGCAACAGGCAAUAACGAUAACAGCUAUCGAAAACCUCCCGACGAGAAAUCGAUCAAGUCCGUGGGUUUUCAAGUAGCAUCGCCUCCGAUCUCUAGAAGAAAAGGAGUUGUUAGUGCUCCAAAGACGUCCCUCGUUAAAUCAACCGAUGAACAAUCAAAAAAUCUAAAAAAUGUUAUUGAAUGGAAAAGAAGACUGUCAAGUGAACCUAGAGUAAUUCAGAGAACUUCAACUGAAACAAACCUUGUAGAUGACGUACAAUUGAGGAAACUGUCAAAUACUACCAUGGUAUUACCUAGACGACUGCAGAAACGCAUGACUCCUGAUUACAGAGAAAAAAGCAGCAACAUGCUUCCUUUACCAACAGUGGAAGAAGAAAACUCUUCUUCAUCCUCGGCGCCAUCGACCCCUCCUCGUCAAAGAAUCAGUUUGCAAGUUGAUGCGGGUGAUUACGAGCAGAGACCUAGGGCCGACUCUAACACACGACCUAGGACUCUCUCCAGCCCCUCGAGGCGUACGAGCAGAGUGAGAAAGUCUACUGUGAUUCCUCCCUCUGAAGAGCUGUCUGAAGAGGAAAAGAAACUUCCAUUGCACAAAAUUUCUGUUAUUGACGAGGGGGAACAAAGGCCGACUGAGGUUCGUAUCACAGAGGCAGAUCUGCAUCCAAUGUUUGUCCAAGUUGCUCUUCUUUCAAAGGGAGAUUGUUUUGGUGUGUCUUCAAUGGUGUUUGACGAGCAGCCCAGUCUUAGUCUGGUCAGCAAUGGUGCAGAAUGCAUUAUGAUCUCUAAGAAAUUUUACCUCGCUCAUUGCACUGACGCGAUGAAAAGAAGACUUCUUGUUACGGAAACACCUUAUCCUAACGAUGAAUCACUGCAAAAGAGCCUACAAGACAAAGUAAAUUGGGACGCAUACCGCCGUAAAACGCUGAAAACUCUCGUUCGUGAACUGCCAAGAAAACAAAGAAGAAUGGAUGAUCUAUUGGUCCACAGGAGAACCAAGCGAGACAUGUCCCUUGGGGAAGACUUGAAAGAAGCUCUUCGAAAAAUCCAGAGGAAAGAUGACGACACCUGCUGACGUCAUGAAAGAGAAAAGGGUCUGGGGACGAGAUUUUGGGAACGUGCAAAAAUAAAUGAACAUUUGGGGAAUAAUUGAUUCUGGAAUUAUUUAACUUGCAAAUUUAUUUAAGAAAUAAACUGAGUUUCUUGUCAGCAA